AUGAGUCACAUGGCGGAUAUUUCAGACUUCAGAUGGGACGGUGUCAUCGAAAUCAUCUGCAAAGUCAGAAGCAUCGAGGAGUUGAAGAUAGAGAAGCUGAAAGGUGACACCAAUGUGAUGAAGCACAUGGUGGGGAUUAGUGAUGGUGAUGCAGAGUUAUUUGAGAAGAUAGCCAAAUCUCUGAUAGAGCUCAUGGCAAGUGAAACGACACUAGAAGAGAAUAUGAAGACUCUGACACUAAAAGAACGUGUGACAAAUGACGAGUAUCAAGACGCUCGUAAAGAGAUGAUUAAGUUCUGGAAUAUGAAUGAUGAUUUAGUGAGUGCAGAGAACAUCAGAGUGAAGAGAUUAGGGCAACUACAUCCUAAAACCUUUUUGCCAGCAAUGAUGAGGAAACAUAGAGGUUCAAUAUCAAGACCAGAGAUUGAAGCUGAGGAGUUAUAUCCAUUGUGGGAAGCACAAAUCGGAGAUGUGCAAUGGCAUCCAUUUAAAGUCCUUGAGUCUGAUGGACCACCAAAGGACGAUGAGAAGCUGCUAAAGCUGAAAUAUGAAUAUGGUGAAAGAGUUUGUGAUGAAGUGGUAAGAGCAAAAGAGGAGAUAGAGGAUCACAAUGCAAGUGUUAGCUUUGUGACUUUGGAGCUUUGGAACUAUGAGGAAAACCGGAAGGCCACAUUGGAGGAAGCAACAGAUGUGAUGUUGAAGGUGUGGUCGGAUCUUGGGGGUAAGAAGAACAAAAGACAGAGGCUUUGA